AUGACGGAAACAUCAGCCUUGAAGCGCGCAGCUUCCGAAGACCCCGACGUAUCGAGCGAGCCAUCUAAUGGCGUGAAGAAAGCCAAGAAAGUCGGCACUACGGACCCAACAACAGCAACAGCGGAGCUAGAGAGUAUUGGAGCUACAGAAUCCGCCCCAACUCGCGGUGGACCACAAGACGAUGUUGCAUUGCAGCAGAAAGAUGCGACAUCUAAAGAGAUCAAUGAGAAUAGCGGCAAAGAAGUACAGCAACCCAAGACAAUCGCUCCAGUGCCCGAACCCACCAAAGCAGACGGCGAAGACGAGGACGAGGACGACGAGGACGAGGACGACGAGGACGAGAGCGAAAUAGAGAAAUCAGUUUCGCCUGACGGUAGCGACGAGGACUACGAUUCCGAAGAAGAUGGCGAUGACGAACCUUACGGUUACGGUCUUGAACGCGACCCCGACCAAGGUGGUCUGGCGAUGCCACCCGGCCUUGACGACGAAAUUGAUGAGUUGGCGAAUGAUUAUUAA